AUGGCUUCCAAUUUCCAAGCAUUCUUGAACAACCCAGUUGGUCCAAAAACAACACAUUUUUGGGGACCUAUUGCCAAUUGGGGAUUUGUUGCUGCUGGUUUGAUGGACAUGAUGAAAAAACCUCCCAAAAUGAUCUCUGGCAACAUGACAGCAGCGAUGUGCGUCUAUUCAGCAUUGUUCAUGAGAUUUGCAUGGAUGGUUCAACCGCGAAACUAUCUGCUUCUUUCUUGCAAUGCAUCCAAUGAAACUUAA